CUAUCAGUUGCAUGAAGCAUGGCCAAUAACAAUGCCUACAUGCAACUCCUAGCUCUUAUUCUUUUGUCAGGGUGUCUAUACCUUGAGAACAUUAGAAUCAUCUCUUGUCAUGGUUAUCUUGACACGAGUUGUGUGAAAAUCGAGAAAGAAGCUUUGCUCAAGUUCAAGGGAGGUCUCACGGAUCCGUCAGGCCGGCUCUCUUCUUGGGUAGGUGAAAAUUGCUGCCAAUGGAGUGGCAUAAGAUGCGACAAUGAGACAGGUCAUGUUAUCAAACUCAACCUUCACAAUUCAUUUCCUGAUAGUUUUGAUGGUGAUGGAACAACUCAUCAUCUAGGUGGUGAGAUAAAUCCUUCUUUGCUUGAUUUGAAAUAUUUGAAUUACCUGGACUUGAGCAUGAACAAUUUUGUAGGACUUAGAACUCCAUCGUUCUUUGGAUCGCUUGAGAAGUUGAGGUAUCUCAAUCUAUCUAGUGCAUCCUUUAGUUCUAUUCCUCAAAACCUUGGAAAACUUUCAAGCUUACAAUAUCUUGAUCUUAAUAGAUGUUGUGAUAUUUCCAACAAGACUGACCUUACAUGGCUCUAUGGUCUUUCUUCUUUGAAGCACCUUAAUUUGGGCUACAUAGACCUUAGUAAUGCCUCUGAUGAUUGGUUACAAGCUCUUAACAUGCUUCCUUCUCUUCUAGAGUUGCACCUACCUGCUUGUGGGUUGUCCAAACUUCCUCUCUCCCUUUCUUUCGUUAAUUUUUCUUCGCUCUUGGUCCUUGAUCUUUCCAACAAUGAUUUCAGCUCCUCGAUACCUUACUGGCUGUUCAAUGUCAGUAAGCUUCAAUAUCUUGAUCUUAGCUCCAAUAAUCUCCGAGGCACAAUUCCUAAUGAAUUUUCAAGCAUGACUUCUAUCCAAACUCUAGACUUGUCGGAGAAUGCUUACAUUGGAGGUCAAUUAUCAAGAGAUUUGGGAAAUAUGUGCAAUUUGCAAGAAUUGGAUCUUUCUCUCAACAAUAUCAGUGGUGAAAUAACUGAGCUCAUUGAUGGAUUGUCAAGGUGUGCCAACAGCAGUUUAGAGGUACUGGAUUUGGGAUACAAUAAACUUGGGGGGUGUCUUCCUAGUUCACUAGGAAGCUUGAAAAACCUCAAGCGUCUUCAACUGUGGAGAAACUCAUUUCUUGGUUCAAUCCCGGGUUCCAUUGGAAACCUGUCGUCCUUGAAGGAAUUGUACCUCUCAGAAAACCAAAUGAAUGGUACAAUUCCAAAAAGUCUUGGACAACUUUCUUCGUUGGUUGCCUUGGACAUAACAGAGAACUCGUGGGAGGGUGUUGUAACAGAAGCUCAUCUGUUGCACCUCAAAAGUCUGAAGGAGUUGUGCAUUGGCAAGUUUUCUUUCUCCCCAGAGGUUACCUUGGUUUUCAAUGUGAGUUCUUUGUGGUUGCCUCCUUUUAAACUUCAAUAUCUCGACUUAAGUUCAUGUCAGUUAGGCCCGAAAUUUCCUGAAUGGCUUAGAAAUCAAAAUGAUCUAAAUACUUUAGUUCUCAGGAACACUCGAAUUUCAGGCUCCAUACCAGAUUGGUUGUGGAAGUUAGAUCUGCAGUUGGAUGAACUGGACCUCAGUUAUAAUCAAUUAAGGGGUAGGGUACCAAAUUCUCUAAAUUUUCAUCCUCAAUCCACCCUUAACUUGAUUAUGAACUGCUUUGAGGGUCCUCUUCCACUCUGGUCAUCUAAUGUGAGUGAACUGUAUUUGAGUAACAAUCUGUUUUCCGGACCAAUUCCUCCAAACAUCGGCAAAAGAAUGCCCAUGUUGACUGAUUUAGAUCUCUCUCACAACUCUCUCAACGGUACCAUUCCAUUGUCCAUUGGUAGACUAAUUGAUUUGACAACUCUUGAUAUCUCAAAUAAUCACUUGUCUGGAGGAAUUCCUGGAUUUUGGCAUAACAUUACAACCUUGUUUCUUAUAGACAUGUCAAACAACAGUUUAUCAGGAGAGAUCCCUACUUCUAUGGGUUGUCUAACUUCACUUAGGUUCUUGAUGCUGAGCAACAAUCAUCUUUCUGGCGAAUUCCCUUCUUUGUUGCAAAACUGCUCGAACAUGGUUACCCUUAGUCUUGGGGAGAAUAGAUUCUACGGUAGCCUUCCAUCAUGGAUAGGAGAAAGGAUGCCAUCAUUGUCUAUUCUAAGUCUCAGAUCCAACUUGUUCAAUGGAAGUAUUCCUGUAGAACUAUGUCACAUUUCCUAUCUUCAUAUUUUGGACUUGGCGGAAAAUAACUUGUCAGGCUCAAUCCCUCCAUGUUUAGGGAAUCUUAAAGGUAUGAAAUCUGAACUUAGUUCUACUACGCGCUUUGAGGGGCAGCUAUUACUGGUGUCAAAAGGAAGAGUACUUCUAUUCCAGAGUACUCUUUAUCUUGUGCAUCUGAUAGACCUUUCAAGCAACAGUCUAAGUGGUGAGGUGCCUGAAGAGUUGGCAAAUCUUUCAAGAAUGUGCACUUUGAACUUGUCCAUAAACCACUUGACAGGAAAUAUUCCACACAAGAUUGGAAAGUUGCAGAACCUCGAAACUCUUGACCUCUCGAGGAACCAGCUCUCUGGUCCUAUUCCUUACAGCAUGACUUUGUUAACUUCUCUCAAUCACUUGAACCUGUCAGACAACAACCUUUCGGGAGAGAUUCCAUUGGGCAACCAAUUCGGGACGCUUAAUGAUCCAUCCAUUUACAAGGGUAAUCCUGGCCUCUGCGGGCCUCCAUUGACAAUCAACUGCUCGCGUUCUCCCCGUGGAGAUGGACAAUACCAGGAGGAUGAUGAAGAAGAAGAUGGAGAUGAGUUUGACUGGCCUAGUUUCUAUAUAAGCAUGGGACUGGGAUUUGUUGUGGGCUUUUGGGGAGUUUUUGGAGUCUUACUAGUAAAGAAGUCCUGGAGGUAUGCCUACUUCCGGUUGGUGGAUGACAUGAAAGAUAGGUUCAUGGUGGUGGUCUUGAUCAACUUUGCUCGUCUGCGAAGAAUAAUGGAGCAGCAAAGGAACUGAGAUUUGAUGUGAGUACGAACCAGCAUGCUUGGAGAAGAAAUACAUUUUGCGGUUGACUGGUUUUGGCAAAAUUCUAGAGGGCAAAGUUUUCAAGAGAGAGUGUUGUGUUCCUUGUUUUCUCAUGCUGCUUGUUUUCGUUAAUUUGCUUGGUUUUUUUGCUUUACUGGAAAUGGGCUUUGUCCAUUUUGGUUUUGUACCAUAUAAGGGGACAUGCCUCCUUUUUAUUCUUGUACCUUAUUUUGAUAUAAUUUUAAAAAAAUAAAUAAAUAAAAAAUUACUAAAGCUGUAUUUUGAGCUGCAAUUUUCAUUUUUCAUUUUUUUUUUUAGUUUUAAAAUUGUUUGUACACGGUUUUCUUCUUCACUUUCUUGUGGACUGUGAUGUAGUAAAGAAUAAAAUAUGCUCUAUUGUUGCAAUAAAAGUCAUUUCCAUGGGAGAAGACUGACUCAAGUAUCAAAUACUAGCACUCAUUAAGUGAUAUACAAGUGUCGAAAGGGUAGAAGUCUAAAAGAAACAGGUG